AUGGCGCGAACUUCUGCUGGAGCAUCUGAUUAUGAUUUUAUUUUUAAAUUAGUUCUUAUAGGUGAUAGCUCUGUUGGAAAGAGUAAUCUUUUAUUACGUUUUACUCGUAAUGAAUUUCGUCUUGAUACUCAAUCAACAAUUGGAGUGGAAUUCGCUUAUAAACAACUUGUCAUUGACGGAAAAAAAAUUAAAACUCAAGUUUGGGAUACAGCAGGUCAAGAACGCUUUAAAACAGUUAUACCACAAUUUUAUCGUGGUAGUGAAGGUGCAUUAGCUGUAUUUGAUUUGACUAAACCUGAUUCAUUUGAUCAUAUAACAACUUGGAUUGAAGAAGUUCAUCGACAUACGCCAUCUGAUCUACCAAUUGUUCUUGUUGGAAAUAAAUCAGAUUUAGUUGAUCAACGUAAAGUAUCACGUGAACAAGCAACAGCUCUUGCCGAACAGCUUAAUUUAUCAUACAUGGAAACAUCGGCAUUGAACGCAUCGAAUGUUGAACAGGCAUUUGUUUUGCUUGUUACAAGUAUUUAUCAAAAGAAAAUGCCUAAACAAAUGGAUUCAUCAUCAGCAAUGGGAAAAUCAUCCUCAGAAACAGUAUCUAUGGAUCAUUCACAACCACCUACUGUUCCUGUCGGACCUGACCAAUCCAUUACAUUUGACAGACCUAUUCGUCCAUCAAAUAAUGAAAAGGCAUCAUCAAAGAAAAACGGUUGCUGUGUGAUUUCAUAA